CACCCCCUCCCCAACCUCCUCUCUUCGGCGGCUCGCUUUCCUUUCGCCCUUCGGCGGCCGUGGGAGAGCGUCGUGGAGGAGCCGGGCGGCCCAAGCGUGCGUGCGCGCCCGGUGGCAGGCUUGUCCGGGUGUCGCAAGGCGGCGGUUAGAAUCGACGGUAAGCGAGAGUGGAAGUCGGGGCAGUUGGAAGAGAAGGCGCCGGACCUGAGGAGGCUCACUUGACGUUUGCGGCGUGACGCUUAAAGGCAGAUACAUCUCUGAAUACAUCCCAACUGUUCUAGUGAAGAAGUACAUUAGACGUUUUGUAAUUAUUGAAGGAACUGUCAAGCUCCAGAAGGAAUUAUAUCUGACUGGCAAUUGGCAGGAUGAAGACGGUUGUGAAGAUGGCGUGCCUGAGGAGUUUUAAAAGAUGCAGACCGCCUGAUUGAAAAUGAUACUUCUAUGUUUUAUCCCAUUCAGUUAGGAAAUUGCGACUGCAUCAUAAGGAAAUCAUGAUUACAUUAACUGAACUCAGAUGCUUAGCAGAUGCCCAGGCAUCAUUUCACAUCUUGAAACCGUGGUGGGAUGUUUUCUGCUACUAUCUUACCAUGAUAAUGCUGCUUGUUGCUGUCCUUGCUGGAGCUCUUCAGCUCACUCAGACUAGAUUGUUAUGUUGUCUUCCUUGCAAGCUUGAAUUUGACAAUCAUUGCACAGUGCCUUGGCAUCUGAUUAAAAGCAACAUCAAUGAAUCCUUCAACUCUGCAACACCAGAAAUUCAUCCUCUUCAAAUCCAGAAUUACCUUCAUAGGCAGCAGUAUUCUUACAUUGAUGCCGUGUGUUACGAGAGAGAACUUCAUUGGUUUGCCAAAUUUUUCCCGUACUUAGUGCUUCUCCACACUUUCAUUUUUGCAGCUUGCAGUAAUUUCUGGCUUUACUACCCCAGCACAAGUUCAAGGCUAGAGCAUUUUGUAGCCAUACUUCACAAAUGUUUCGAUUCCCCUUGGACCACACGUGCCCUAUCAGAAACAGUUGCUGAGCAAUCUGUGAGGACUGUGCCAUUCUCCAAAUCGAAAACAUUUCUUCCCUCCCCCAGCAACAUGACAGAGCUGGAGAGCAAGAGGCAAUCAAUGUCCUACUCACAGACUGGACUAGAAACAGCUGGAAGAGAGAGCACUUCAAAUGUUCUUGACCGAAGAGAAGGGGAACAAGCAAAGUCGAUAUUUGAGAAAGUGAAGCGAUUCAGGGUACAUGUGGAGCAGAAAGAUGUCAUUUAUAGAGUGUAUCUAAAACAGAUUGUGAUCAAGGUCAUUGUGUUCAUUUUAAUAAUGAUUUAUGUUCCGUAUUAUUUAACCUUUAUUAACCUAGAAAUCGAUUGUAUAGUUGAUAUUCGAACCUUUACUGGCUACAAGCGAUACCAAUGUGUUUAUUCACUGGCUGAAAUUUUUAAAGUGCUUGCUUCGUUUUAUGUUGUCCUGGUGAUUUUAUAUGGCCUGACAUGCACUUACAGUUUGCUAUGGAUGCUGAGAAGUUCACUUAAACAAUAUUCUUUCGAGAAGCUGAGGGAGCAGAGUAACUACAGCGAUAUCCCUGAUGUAAAAAAUGAUUUUGCCUUUAUUCUUCACCUCGCAGACCAGUACGACCCUCUAUAUUCAAAGCGGUUCUCGAUAUUUCUCUCCGAGGUGAGUGAAAACAAGCUGAAGCAAAUCAGUCUCAAUAAUGAAUGGUCUUUAGAGAGGCUGAAGAGCAAGCUGGUGCGAAACCCUCAAGAGAAAAUGGAGCUUCAUCUUUUUAUGCUUAGCGGCCUGCCUGAUGACGUCUUUGAACUCACAGAGAUAGAAGUUCUAACACUAGAGCUCAUUCCUGAGGUUAAACUUCCACCCUCUCUAAGUCAGCUCUCCAGUCUUAAAGAACUAAACAUUUAUCAUUCAACAUUAACUGUAGAAUAUCCGGCACUGCACUUCCUCGAAGAUAAUUUAAGAAUUCUGCGCCUAAAAUCUGUUGACAUGGGAAAGAUUCCACGCUGGGUAUUCUAUCUAAAGAACUUACAGGAACUGUAUUUGACUGGAUGUUACGUGCCCGAACCCCAGAAUGGCUUCUACAGUGAGGGUUUCCAAGACCUUGUGAAUCUGAAAGCAAUUCAUUUAAAGAAUAGCCUUUCCCGCAUACCUCAGGUGGUUACAGACCAAUUGCCUUCACUGCAGAAAUUGUCUAUUGACAACGAGGGGAAAAAACUGUUAGUGUUGACCAACUUGAAGAAACUGUUAAACCUGAGAAUCUUGGAACUGAUCAGCUGUGAUUUGGAGCGUAUCCCUCAUUCUAUUUUCAGCCUAAACUAUCUGCGUGAAAUAGAUUUGAAAGAAAAUAACCUACGAACGGUAGAAGAAAUUAUUAGCUUUCAGCACCUUGAAAAUCUUUCUUGCCUGAAGUUGUGGCACAACAAAAUAUCUUACAUCCCUGUCCAGAUUGGUACCUUAGCAAACUUGGAACAGCUCUACUUAAAUCACAACAACAUUAAAAAAAUCCCACCACAACUUUUUCUUUGCAAAAAGCUACAUUAUCUGGAUCUGAGUUACAAUAAGCUAACCUCUAUUCCUGAUGAAAUCCAAUAUUUAACAAAUUUGCAGUACUUUGCUGUUACAAAGAAUCAUAUUGAAGCACUUCCUGAUGAAUUAUUCCAGUGCAAAAAGCUACAGCACCUUCUUUUGGGACAUAAUAGCCUAAUGUACUUGUCCCCUCGAGUUGGUGAGCUUUCCAACCUUGUUCAUCUGGAGCUCAAAGGAAACUAUCUCGAGUUACUUCCUGCUGAGCUAGAGGAAUGUAAUUCUCUGAAACGGAGUUGUCUAAUUGUAGAAGAAUGCUUGUUGAAAACACUUCCCCUUCGAGUAACAGAGCAUAUACAGAUAUGCUUGGACAAAGUUUGAGAUUGAGAAAUGUUGUGUGUAUGUCGACAAAAUCAUGGUUCAAAGAAACAUAUAGAUGAAAGAAGAGCAACACAGGUCUGCUCACUGACUUCAGCUUCCUGAUAAUAAAUCAACAUUAAAAUCCCAAACAGAAACAUAGACCUGGCAAGUAACUACAUGCAUUUCAUCCAAACCUCAAAUUAAUGUGCAGAAAAUUAAGUGGUUGGUGUAAUCAGUACUUAAGUGGCCGAGAUUGAAUAACAUUAUUCAGGUCUAGAAAAGUUUUUUUUUUCUUUUCUUUAAAUGGCAGUUCUUAAAUAGUUGUAAGGACCAACUAAUACAUUUUCCAUAUCUUUUACUGUUGGCACAUAUAUAGAGGGAAAGAGAGACUAUUCGUAAAACCUUCCCUAUAUAAAAUCUGUUUCAGAACUAAAUGUUCACCUGUGUUUUUGAAAUAUAGGAGUGCUUCCCCACAUAGGCAUAAUGAAAUUUCAUUGGGAUGCUAUGAACUAUGUCCAGAUUAUGGUACCAAAGUUCAUGAAAUCCAGACUCCCAGUAAUUUUUGCUGCUUUAACACUGGAGUUAAUUAUGUAUACCUAAAGGAAAACAACUGGACCUGAUAUAAAGGUAAAAUCAAAUCUUAGAGAACUAUGCAAGUGGUAAAAUUCAACAUGUCACUUUUUUACUAUACUAAUAUAUUUGCUUUUACUAAAAGAAAAAGGCUAGCGCUUUAAUUUUGAGCAACAAUAGUUAUGUAAUAUGCAAUAUAGAGGGUCUCUUCUUUUAAAAACCUGGCUAUUUAUUUUUUUCUCCCCAAUUUUUGGUCCACCAUACUAAAGAUUUUAAAGAUGUCCCUCAAGUUACAAGUAAUUGUAGAAAUAGCAUUUUAAGCACUUAAGAAUAUAGAGUGUAGCAAAAUAUUUAAUGAAAAGCACAUGAAUGCAUAAAACUUAUAUAUUUCUCUUGUUCAGAAAUGUCCUUUGAAAAACUAACAUAAGGCAGAAUUUUCCUAUAACCUCAUUCCUUAUUUUCACUAAAACAGGAGGAAGUUUAUUUACACCUGUAAAGCUGAGUCCUAACUAAUAUUUUCUAACUUUAAGGAACUAGGAGAAUUUCUGUGAUAGCAUAUUGAGUAGCAAAGGAAGACAGGAGGAAAAAUGAUGAAAAAUGACCCUUUUAACACAGUGUUUUCGCUCCUUGGCAAAUUGAAAGUGAGUGAACUUCAAUUCCCAGAAUUCAUAGCAAUGGCUAUGCUGGCUAUGCAUUUCUGAGAGUUGAAGUCCAUAUGUCUGAAAUUGCAAAGGUUGAGAAACACUGGUUUAACAGAAACCUCUAAUAGACUGAAGUGUUUUUUCUGUGAAUGGAAAAGCAAUUCCAGGAAACUCGGGAUUCAAUCCGUGGUUAUUUUGAUGCAUUUCAGUCUUGUUUGGGCACAUCAUCUUUAUUAUGGCUGUGGUACUCUUGUAUGGGGACUUGGGGGGAGGGAUUUUGGCUUCUGUUGUAAAAAUGCAGUAAUUUGAUCGCAUGCUUUCAGAGAAAAUGAAUCUUUUACUUAUGUAUGAUAUAGUUUUAUAAUCCACUAUCUUCAUCAUGUGCCCAGUUUUGUGAUUGAAUUGAAUGAGAUACUGGAAAUGUUGGGUUUUUUAAUAUAAAUUUUUGAUUGCUUCUUUAAAUGCAGCACACUUGUUUUAAUGAUGCCAUAAAUUUGAGUUGUUUAUUAAGUGAAAAUUUCUCAUUGUUCAUGUUAUGUCCAUCUGAAGAAUUACAUUCCAAAGAACUUUCAGAGUAACUCUCAGGGAACACACACAUGUGUUGUCGUUUUAUGGGUUUGAUGCAACUCAACAUUUCCCCAGCUUUUUUUAGUUAAAGGUACAAUUUAUUAUACAGGUACCUUUUUUGCAGUAAUUUUAUUAAGGACAAUAAAAGAUGAUACAAAGUU